GUAGGCAGUAUCAUUGACCGUGGGCAGUAUCAUUUUAACCGUUGGCAGUAUCAUGCCGAAAUAGCCGAAAAAAUCAAAUCAAGAUGGUAGUUUAGCAGUGCAGAGCGGACGAACAUAGUGUUUACAUUUUGUCUUCUGAGUAACCUUAUAAUGAAUAUAAAGCGCAGAAGCUAUUCAAUAUCAGUUGACGAUUUUAAUAGUUAUGUUAACAUCUUUUGACAUAUUUCUAGCUUCUUGGUUCCAUACUCAAAACUCUCUCAUCUUGUUGUUUCUGAAGUUUUGUACAUAACAGACACAGUUUGUUUACAACUCAUUUUCUCACUGUUGCUGGUAUUGUUAUAUUCUUGCUGUGUGUUAUAUCGGAUUAUACAUAUCUUAAAAAUAUUCAUUCAUUUUUAUAGUUGCUAGCUAAUACUUGAAAAAUGUCUGCAACACUUAGAUCGUUUCGUUCCCGUUUUAUAAAUGUUGAAAACACUGAUGAACUGAAAGCUGUAGUAUCAGAUAUUCUUCCUUUUAAUGAAAACGAAUUCAAGAUUAGUAAUAUACAAGGAUCAGUCAAGAAAUUUAAAGCUGUUGUUGAGUGUACCAUAUCUUCUGAGGAAGAGUUUGUGAAAAGCUAUCAAUCCAACACAAAUGAAACGUUGAGAAAGCUAACACCAAGAUAUACUGGUGAGAAAAGCCUGUAUAAGCAAUUUACAUACUUCAGAUGUCAUCAUAACACACGGUAUCAAGCGACAAUGAACAGUAAAAUGAAGAUGAAAUGUAAUCCCAGUCAGAGAUUCAAAAACACUGAUUGUCCCUUCAGCUUGGUGCUGAAGUAUAAAAAAGAAGAAGGUGAUAACAAUUGUUUGCUAGAAAUGGAAUGGACUCAUAAUCACCCAGUAAAUUCUCUACAGUCAUUAUCCUUUAAGGAUAUCAAGCCAGAUGUUGUGGCUGAAAUUACUCAGCUAUAUGAAAGAGGCUUCACUCCUGGGUUAGCUUAUCGAGAGAUUUGGACCAAAACUAAAAAGUCGUAUGAAAGUGAAGUAGCUUUUCACAAGUUCAUCUCUGACCGAUCAGUGUUUCCCAGACGCACAGAUUAUAAUUAUUUAUAUACAGAAUAUACAAGUACAAUGUUUGAAAAGUUGAAUAGUAUGUUCAUUAAAUGCUUUCGUAUAUUCUAUUUUUGUUAUUUCAAUGAUACAUUUUAUGUAUUUUUCAAUGUUGAUGUCAGUUUGAUAACGUAUAUAUAGUAUAUAUUCGUGAAAUUUUGAAAUUUUGUUAUAUUUUUUAGCUUUGGUUGAGCAAGAAACUCUCAAAGAUUCGGAUAUUUCAAUAAAAGCUCAGAAAUUUGAUGCUGAACAGAAUGAUCCCUUUAUCCUGGUAAUCAUUACUCCACUUAUGAAAAGAGUACACGAGAAGAUCAGAAGUUCUGGAGAACUAGUAUUUCUUGAUUCAAGUGGUGGUAUGGAAGAAUACAAUCUCCGAGUAUUCUUCAUGGUAACACACUCUUUUGUUGGAGCACUGCCUCUUGGAAUCAUUGUCACUAGUGAUGAAACAACAGACACAAUAACAAGAGGGCAUUUGCGGUACAAACACUUGAGCAUGUCAAAGGACCGGUUUCCGAAAAAUAUUGAAAAAAUUAAUAGAUACUGCCAACGGUUAAAAUGAUACUGCCCACGGUCAAUGAUACUGCCUACCGUGUACGGAAAAAAAAUUCGCCAGUGCCGUCAUGAUAUCAGCAGUUGUUUACUCAUUUGAGGCAUGAUGAAAUCUGUGAUUACUCAUUUGAGGCAUGAUGAACUUUGUAUUUACUUAUUUGAGGCAUGAUGAAAUCUGUGACGUCACAGCUGUUUUAAGGGGUCUAAAAGCAGCGUUUUUUAAUAGGGGUUUGACCGUCGUAAACCUAAAACCGUAUUAUAUUCAUCCCUUACUCUAGCUCCUCUAAACCCCAAUAUCUCUGCAACCGUUUGUCAAAAGUACAUGAUCCUAUACAUUUUCUUGAUCAUCGUUUCAAGUUCUAUACGAUGAAGGUAACAGGGAUAUAAAUUUCUGAAAAAAUUUUUUUUUGCUUUUUAGCGGGCCAUUGCUGACGUCAGCAAAAUUUUUAAACCCUUAUAUGUCCUUAAUCGUUUGUAGAGAAGAUAUCGUCCUAUACAUUAUUUUGAUCAGCGUUUCAACCUCUACACGUUACAGGCAACGAAUAAACUAAAUUUCUCUAAUUUUUUUGGAUUUGCAAUGCUGACGUCAGCAAAACGUCUUAAAUAACCAACUUUUUCAAUGUCCUAUUGCCACGGGUCUUUAUAAACUUCUAUAUAAUAAUACGCCAGUUCUGUCUGUGACUUUUGAAAAGUGGAUUAUAUUCUUUACAAUUUUCUUUAAAAAAUUCUAUAAAACAUCGCCUAUAAAAUUGUUCUGUAAUGUACCAAACUUUAACGUUUAAAUAGUAUUGACGUCAAAGGAAAGUUAAUUAAGAUUAGUGCACCUAAAACUUUGAGGUCAAAUAACUUGGAAACGAGGUGGUGACGUCAAUGAUUUUUUA